UGUAUGUAUUUGGCGAGAAAGAAAAAGCGGCGCACAAACAAACACAGCAAUUUGUAGAGAGAGAAAUUUCCCAUUCUUUUAGAGAGAGAAAGUGAAAGUGCCGUCAUUUUCCGGGAAAAUUGAGCGGAAACAGAUUCAGACUUUCCAAAAGAUAGCGUGAUGGGGGCAAAGUAACAGAUUCUAAAUGGCUUCUUUCGCUUCUCCCCUCAAAUCGUUCUUUCCACUUCAAAAAUCGCUUCUUUUUUCUCAACCAUUGUGUUACCAUCAGGAAAUUGUACAGUUAAGCGGCGAUUUGUGAAUCGAAAAGUUAGUAGUAUUUCUUGAGAGUUUCAAAGUGUUCUGAUUCUUCCACAAUUUUGUAUGGUGUCUACGGCAUUACUGGAAGUCUAGAACUUGUUUUUACCUCGGUCGGUAUUAUUCUGUCGUGAAGAGAAAAAAUAUGGUAUGAUGGAACAGUCAAGAUUCCAAAAUCAGCUUCAUUGCAAUACCACCAUGGAACCUAGAAAUGAGGAAGUCCAGCCAGGAUCUCAGUCAGUAAUGCAGGACUAUCUGGACAGUAUGUAUUCUAAUAGAAGACCAUUUGACCAUAGCACAUCAGACGUUAAACCAGUACUGAAUUAUUCAAUACAAACUGGCGAGGAGUUCGCUCUUGAAUUUAUGAGAGACAGGAUAAAUCUUAAGAAGCCUGUAUUUUCAAAUGUCAAUGAUUCCAAUUCUACAACUAAUUGUAUGGAGCUGAAAGGCGUUUUAGGAAUCAGUCACGCAGGACCUGAGAAUGGGUCGGGCGUUUCUAUGCGCUCAACGGUUGAGAAAGGUCCAGCAGAGUUUAACCGACAGAGUACAUGGUUACAUGUUGGAGACAGAAGCAACUAUGGGUCAAUUCGAUCAACAUCAAGAACUUUGUUGAAUCAGGACACUGGUCAAUUUGGGCGUGGUUAUGGUUCUUAUGGUGGUUUGGAUAGCUCAUCGAGGAUGAUGAAGUGUCUUUGUAGCUUUGGUGGUAGAAUAUUACCAAGGCCAAGUGAUGGAAAACUAAGGUAUGUGGGAGGUCAGACACGUAUUAUUCGUUUGAGAAAAGACAUAUCUUGGCUGGAGCUUAGGCAAAAAGCAUUGCUAAUCUAUAAUCUGGUUCAUAUACUGAAGUAUCAACUUCCUGGCGAAGAUCUUGACGCUUUGGUAUCUGUAUCAUCUGACGAGGAUUUGCAGAAUAUGAUGGAGGAGUAUAAUCUUAUAGAAGAUAGAGAACCUCCCCUAAAGCUUAGGAUUUUUUUGUUCUCAAUUAACGAUUUAGAAGAUGCUCAGUUCGCUCUCAGCAGCAUAGGCGAAGAUUCUGAGGUCCAGUAUGUUAUUGCUGUUAAUGGCAUGGAUUUGGGAUCAAGAAACAACUCAACCCCACUUGGUGUCGAUUUUUCAGCAGAUGAUAUUCGUGAAUAUGAUAGGAAAACUAUCGAAAGGGAGACAAUUAAUGUUGCUGUAGAAGCUAUUGGUGUCCAGAAUGCUCCCUUGGCUAACAACAAAUCUGACACUUCAUUGGCUCCACAAUCUUCGCAGCAAGUAUUACCAAUGCCUUCAAAUGCUUAUCAAAGUGAUCGGCUGACUUACGGUGACCAAAUGACGCAAGCUGGGGAAAUUAGUCGCCAAUAUCCUGUUCACCCUGGACUUCAUCCCUCGCAUAACCCUGUCGUUGGAGAGACUCCUAUUUCUAUGUCUCCUCGUCUUCUGAGCAAUCAUCCAGGGAUUCUGAAUGAAGACCAUCCACCUAGUGGAUUACAAAUACAAAAAUUGGAACCAUCUACAGUGGGGGUGAAAACGGUAAGUGAUAAUUCAGGCAAACAAGGGAGUGACCCUGGUAAAGUUGGAUCCUUGGAAACUCCAUCCCCAUCUCGGUCACAGCCCUUUGAUGAUCACUUGAAAAAUAAUUGUCCCGAAGCAUCAACUGUAGUUACUCUGCCUAAGGAGCAUCUACCUUUGUUCCCCUCCACAAAAAAUGUUCAGCACCAGGAUUAUGAAGAGGCGUCUUCUACAUCUAGCAGUUCAUUUGUCCCUGCUUAUGUUGAUUCCCACCCCAAUGCAAUUGAUUUGAGUUGUCUUCAUCCUCCUCCACUUCCUAAACGAGUUUACUAUUCAGAAAGAACUCCGAGGGAGCAAGUAGAGGUCCUGAAUCGGUCCUCAAAGUCAGAUGAUGCACACAGCUCUCAGGUUCUUGUGGCAGAUUUGCUCUCUGAUAUCAAACCGGAGGAUCCAGUAACAGAAUCUGGUGACAACUUGCAUGAUGGUAGUCUGUUAGGUCCAGUUGAGAAGCCAAGUAUUUCAGCAAAGCCUUUUCCUGUAGAUGACCAUACCAAUGACAAUGGAUUUGCCAAACAUCAAAUGAAUAAACCGCUGCUUGAUACAAACAGCCCGAUAAAGUCAAGCCUAUCAGAGCACAUGGAUCCUGAGUUGAAGCAAGUCUUGCUGAGUAACGAAGGAAACAAAGAUUUGGAAACUAAAGAUAACCAUAUCAAGCCCUUGUUUGAUGAAACCGAAACCAAAUAUGGUAAAUCAGAUCUUCCUGCUAUUCAUCAUGUUUCCUCUGUUGAACGCCUUGAUAAUUUAGCAUCCAAUCUUCCAGAUAUUGAUUGGGGUGAAGCCUAUGGGAAGGAAUCUAAUGAUAACAAUGUGGUGCAAGAACUACCUGUUUCUUUAGCUGCAAACAUAAACAAAGGUGUUUCUCAAGAUUUCCCCCCAAAUGUUUCCAAACCAGUACAAGGUGACAUUCUAAUUGAUAUCGAUGAUCGAUUUCCCCGUGAAUUGCUUUCUGAUAUGUAUUCUAAAGCAAUACUUGACGAAGAUCCCUCCAGUUUGAAUCCACUAUCUGCAGAUGGAAUGGGCUUAAGUGUAAAUAUGGAAAAUCAUCAACCUAAAAGUUGGUCAUAUUUUGGAAAGCUGGCACAACAAGGGCUUUCUGAUAAUGUCUCUCUUAUUGAUCAAGAUCAUCUUGGUUUUUCACAUGUGAUAGGAGAACCAGGGGAUAAUAGAUCUCAUCAUGUUACACCUCAAACAACUGAUAGAGUUCCUCUAGAUCGUGAGGAUUCCCAUGUUCUGAAAUCCAAUUAUGACCAUUCCCCACUUACUGACACCGAAAGUAUGCAAUUUGAUGUUAUGAUGGAAAACCUAAGAGCACAAGAGUCUGAGUUCGAGGAUAGCAAGUUUGAAACCAAAAAUUAUAAUCUAUCUCCACUUGAUCCUUCUUUAGGAGAUUUUGAUUUCAGUACUGUGCAGGUUAUUAAGAAUGAAGAUCUUGAAGAGUUGAGGGAACUAGGUUCUGGUACAUUUGGGACUGUGUAUCAUGGAAAAUGGAGAGGAACAGAUGUUGCUAUCAAAAGAAUAAAGAAGAGCUGCUUCACUGGUCGAUCAUCUGAGCAAGAGAGACUGACUGCAGAGUUCUGGCGAGAAGCUGACAUUCUUUCAAAGCUUCAUCAUCCAAAUGUAGUUGCAUUUUACGGUGUGGUACAGGAUGGACCGGGAGGUACAAUGGCUACUGUUACAGAAUUCAUGGUGGAUGGUUCUCUUAGGCAUGUGUUACUUCGCAAGGAUAGGUAUCUUGAUCGUCGCAAAAGGCUGAUAAUUGCAAUGGACGCAGCUUUUGGAAUGGAAUAUUUACACUCAAAAAACAUUGUGCAUUUUGACUUAAAAUGCGACAAUUUGCUUGUGAACCUGAAAGAUCCUUUAAGGCCAAUAUGCAAGGUUGGUGAUUUUGGCUUGUCAAAAAUUAAACGAAAUACCUUGGUCACUGGUGGUGUGCGAGGGACUCUACCUUGGAUGGCGCCAGAGCUGCUGAAUGGAAGCAGCAACAAGGUCUCAGAAAAGGUUGAUGUGUUCUCCUUUGGCAUAGUUUUAUGGGAAAUUUUAACUGGUGAGGAGCCAUAUGCCAAUAUGCACUAUGGUGCAAUUAUAGGUGGGAUUGUAAAUAACACAUUGCGGCCAACCAUUCCUAGUCACUGUGAUCUCGAAUGGAGAACACUGAUGGAGCAAUGUUGGGCGCCGAAUCCUGUAGUCAGGCCUUCCUUCACCGAAAUUGCAAGUCGCUUGCGCAUAAUGUCUGCAGCAGCUAGUCAAACUAAGCCACAGGGAAACAAGACAUCUAAAUGAGUCAGAUAGCAUUUUUGUUGCUAUUCAUAGUGUCUAAUUCAAUUUAUUUAACGGUACUCCAAGGAAGUAAGUUGCACCAGGGUUGGUGCUAGUCUUUAGGUUUAAAUUUUUGGUUUUUUAACAAAUAUAUAUACAUAUAAUAAUCUAAUACUAUGCUAGUCAAAGUACUUGUUGUACACCAAUGCUUCAAUACAAGUGCAAAAUUGUCAUAUUCAUUCUUAUAAACAUUUGUGAAACUUUUUGGGAGCGCA